UUCACCCGCGGGACAUUUUCCUUUUACCUGCUAUAAUACAAAGACAGCAAUGACUGGCCAUCACUGGGGAUAUGGAGAAGCCAACGGUCCAGCUGAAUGGCACAAAGGCUAUCCCAUUGCCCAGGGUAGCCGUCAAUCGCCUAUUGAUAUAGUUCCUGGCAGUGCAGUUUAUGAUGCUAGCCUGUCGCCCAUCUCGCUGUUUUACAACAAUUGCACCUCCGUCAACAUUACAAACAAUGGCCACUCUGUGGUAGUGGAGUUUGUUGACAUCGAUGACAGAUCAGUAAUCCAGGGAGGUCCCUUGGACAACAUGUACCGACUUAAACAGUUUCAUUUCCACUGGGGAGGCAAGGGUUGCGGUGGCUCUGAGCAUACGGUUUCAGGAAAAAUCUAUCCAUCAGAGCUUCAUCUGGUUCACUGGAACGCUGUGAAGUACAAGUCCUUUGGCGAGGCCGCAGCCGCCUCUGAUGGUCUGGCUGUCCUUGGUAUCUUUCUGGAAAUAGGUAUUGAACACAAAGGUCUUCAUCAGAUAACAGAUGCCAUGUAUAUGGUGAAAUUCAAGGGGACUGUUGCUGAUUUUAAGGGCUUUAACCCAAAGUGCCUUCUGCCUCUCAGUCUGGAUUUCUGGACAUACCCAGGCUCUCUCACCACUCCCCCACUAUUUGAGAGUGUCACAUGGAUUGUUCUGAAAGAUCCUAUGUUUUUGUCAGAGAAACAGAUGGGAAAGUUCCGGACACUGAAUUUUAAUGGAGAGGAAGAGGAGAGCCGAAGGCGGAUGGAGAACAACUUUCGCCCCCCACAGCCACUAAAGGGCAGGACAGUCCGGGCCUCUUUUAGAUAAUUUCCCCGUCUUUCCAGAAACUGUUCUAAAAUCAGAGAGAUUUAUGGAGAAAACAAACUAUCAAUCCUAAGGUGCAUGUCAAACAUCGUUCUGUAUAUUUUUGAAUUCAGGUAUAUCCACAAACUGUAAACAUUAAGAAAUACUAUACACUGGACCAACAAAGUGCAACAUCAAAAGGAAUCGCAAACUCAUGAAAAUACUUGACAAUAGCACUAAUGUUAUUUGUAGAUGCUUGUGUAUGAUUUAUAAUUUAUAUUUAUUUUUCUUUUACAUCUAGGAGAUUUAUAUGUAGUAUGAGUAAUAAGGUUGUAUUGGAACUCUUUGUCUAGUGCUUAUAGGUCUGGGUGGUGACCUCAAACAUAAUGCAGCUUGACUUUGACAAUGAGCUCUUUGAAUUCAAAGCUAUAGGUGUUUAAAUCCCUUCUCAUCCAUCUUUAUCUGACUUGUGCACACAGAUACUUGUUGCAAUUGUCUGAGAUAUGUGUGCUUCCAAAGGCUCCAAACUAAUGUGGUCAGAUUAGUUGGCUGCUGUUUGCAUUCUCACAACUUUGGGAAAGGGUCAGAAAUCCAGGAGCUCUUUGACCUGUUAAUCUUCACCAAAGGCUCUUUUGAUAAGGCAUGCGUGAUGUCACUAGCUGUUUAAAGACACAUGGCUCUUCUUGGAACAUAGCUCAGGGAAAUGCCGAAGCAUGGCUUUCCAUUAACACUUUAAAAAUGAAUACACUGGACUGUAUCACUAAUAGGAGUAGAUAACAUUAUUGUCAAGCUUGCAGCUACAUGUUGUUUUAGUUGCUAUAGUUCCAUGAACUCACUGCAAUCACUGUAAUGAAAUAUGCUCCAUAUGUUUUCUAUGAAGCCUUACAAAAGCUUUUACAGUAAUAAGGUGAUGUGUGAAGGUUGAAAUGAAUGAUGGAUUACACUGUUCACGCUUCAGAUAGAUGUUAAAAAUAGUUCCUUUUAUCACUGUAAUUCUUCAUGCAGUCGCUGGCAUGGCUUUUGGAGGCAAAGCUCUGUUUCUGAGUGCAUUUGGCUACAAAAGGGAUUUUCACUUUGUGGUGGCAGGGAUGAUAUCAGCCAUUUUAUAUUUAGUUUUUAAUGUCUAAAUAUUUACUAAAUAAAAUUAUUUUAAUAUUGUAUUUGUCAUCUGUUUGUCAUUGUUGACUGUAUUUUGAGCAUAAAAUUGUACUUGUAAUUGUUUUUUGGACAUGUAAUGGUAACAUUUGUGCCAGAAAUUAUAUAUAUGUUAUGCUUAUGAACAUAACCAUGGC